AUGCCACCUCUAGUCCAGAAACCCGAACCUGGCACUGCGAGCCAGCUGGACCUGGAAAACGCUUCUCUCGACCCGAUCGAAGUGAUAUCACGAGAUGAGGCAUCCGACGAAGUGCGAGUGGUCUGCAACCAGCAACACGACAUCGACAUCAUCUUCAACAUCUUCACUGGUACCAUCCGUCUCGUGGAAAAGGUAGACAACCAACCUCGGAGCGAGCCAGACAAGGAAAUAAUCUACCUUACUCAUUCUAGAAUCAAAAUCGUCAAUCUGGAAGGCCUGAGCGACAAUUCCCUGCUAUUCUCCUUCAGACCGAAGCGAUCUUUCUACCCUUCACUGGCAUCGCAGCUGCAACUUUGCCACCAGGUCCACGGCUUCCCUCGCGAUCCAGCUGAGACUCCGCUCUGCAAGGCCAUUCUCGAUAACAAUCGAAACUCCGUCUUGCACCUCGUUUUCCCCAGUGACAGGCACAAAGGUUGGAAGACUAUCGCAUUGAUUCUUCUUACCUACCGAAAACUUUCACCAGCGGACUGGCACAGAAUCACGAACAGUCAGGGUCUCGGAGAUGUUGCGGGCUUCAACUGGGCAUCUUUCUUUUCGAAGCGACGAGGCUAA